AAAUUCCAUCCUUUUUUUUUUCCAGGUUCACGGCUCUUCCGAGGCUUUUUGGAUCCUGGUGGAGGAUGUGGACAGUGAGGUGAUCUUGCACCACGAAUAUUUCCUGCUCAAAGCCAAAUAUGCCCAGGAUGAGCAUCUGGUGACGUUCUUCGUUCCCGUCUUCGAGCCGCUGCCGCCGCAGUAUUUCAUCCGCGUGGUGUCCGACCGCUGGCUCUCCUGUGAGACCCAACUCCCCGUGUCAUUCCGACACCUGAUCCUUCCGGAAAAAUACCCUCCUCCCACGGAGCUGCUGGACCUGCAACCGCUGCCGGUGUCGGCUCUUCGGAACAGCUCCUUCGAGAGCCUCUACCAGGACAAAUUCCCCUUCUUCAACCCCAUCCAGACUCAAGGUGGCCGUUCCCUGAUGCGUUUUCCCGGGAUUUGGGUGUAUUCCCGAGGGUUUUUUUUGGGGAUGGGGGUGUUGGAGAG